AAAGCAUUAUGGAAUGGUACAUAAGUCUAAGUGCUACUGUUAUCACUACUGAUUGCUUUCAGAUUUAAAGGAUACUCUCUGUCACUUCUUCUAGGCCAUUUUGCUAAGAAUACCACAGGAGACCCUUAGACUAAAGGAGAAUGGUUUUUCCAACUCAAAACUAGCUUAGAUCUAAUUGAGCAGUCUCUUUGAACUAACUAAGUUCCUCCAUACAUUUCCUGCAGCUGGUAGCACCUGGCAUUCUUCACAAGAUGAAGCUUUCUCCAGAGAGAUUACGGAUACUGGGUGCCUGAGAUAUGGACAAACUAUUCAUCUGAGUGAGAAAUGUUGAAGAGUAGUUUUCCUCCCUCCAAGUUUGAAAAGGAACACUUAGUUGGUUUUCCAAUGUUCUUGUUGCCUAGGAAACUGCAAACACUAUUAAGAAUUUUGCAUAUCCUAACCCUUUCCUCACUACAGAAAAUAAAUCCAGAUAUACUGAUCUAAUGUAAAGCUGAUUUUAUAAACUCUCCAUACAAAGCAAUGAAGACCUGUCAAGAAUAAUAAAAAAAAUUCAUCUAAUGUCACAUCUAAACAUUCAUAUUCAUCUGUGGGUAUUACUAGCAUAAUAAACGUCUUCUCUGUGCACAAGAACACAUUCAGAGUACUCCGACAGCCCCAACGUGCGUGAUCCUAUUUGAGAAGGAAGCCCUGGACUUAAUCCAGAAACCCAAACACUGUCUCCUUUUCCAAACAUUUCAGCCUAAAGUUUAGCCAAGUAGGGCAUCUUAAAGGCUUCACGUUGAACCAAUCCUGGUGUCCAAGGGGAAUUCAGCCAAACUCACCUUGCCUUAGAUGACCCUUAUUUAAGAUAAGAAUUGUAGCUCGCCUAGGGGUCAGAGAUAAGGAGAUAUGCUGAAUUAACUCCUGGAUGCGAGGAAGGCAUAAGGAGACAUCACGCUCCUUAGACCGAUUCUUUUUGCAUUCAGAUCUUGGUCACAUGAGGGCUGGUGGGGUUAUUUAACCAGUCCCUGGGCAGAGCUUCUCCUAUGAGCUGGGCUCCUGAAAGGAAUAUGGAGGACAAGACCAUUUUCCUAUCCCGCACUACAACUUUUGCAGCCGCCCACAAACUGAACAGCAAACAUCUGAGCAAAGAUGAAAACAGGAUCACCUUUGGGAAAUGCAAUCACAGCCACGGACACAAUUAUCAAGUGACGGUCACUAUACGUGGGAAGAUCAAUCCCAUCAGCGGCAUGCUCAUGAACAUUUGCAAACUACAUGAAUACAUGGAGAUGGCCAUCACUGAGCCUCUUGAUCACAAGAACCUGGACGAGGACGUGGAUUACUUUGCCAACGUUACAAGCUCGACGGAGAAUUUAGCCAUGUACAUCUGGAACAGCAUGGAAAAAAUCCUUCCCUCGGGUUGCCUCUACAAAGUGAAGAUCUACGAAUCAGACAGGAACUUUGUUGUUUUUAAGGGCAACUAAAAACCCCUCUUGCGAAUGAAAGUUGGGGAGCACAGUCUGGCAACCCCGAGAAGACCCUGCCAAGAUGAACUCAACUGCUGCAAGGAACUACAAUAGCUGCUUUUGCUAAGGCGCAUCUGUACAUGUAGGUCACAUGCUCAAUGGCUGGGUGUGGAACAUUUGGACCUAGCAGGCUACAAAGCAUGGGGCGAGGGGAAGUGAAAUGUCCCUCAUCUUUGUAAGCUUCUGAAAUGAAUCUUCUUUUAAGAUGCCUGUCCCACACAUUUAAUUGGGCAGUCUUAUAAUGCCAGGAUUAUUAGCAUAAUAGCUUGAUGGGCCAGAGGAUUUUUUUGCUGAGUAUUGAAUAAACAAAACUGAACACCAUCCAUUUAAAAGGCAAUGAAGUUUAUGAAUUCCAAAGGAGCUGGGCAGUCAAUCAAUGUCAAUCAGAAUAGAGCUGGAAGGGACCUUGGAGGUCUUCUAGUCCAACCCCUGCUCAAGCAGGAGAUUUUAUACCAUUUCAGACAGGUGACUGUCCAGUCUCUUCUUAAAAACCUCCAUGA